AUGGCAGUGCCCUCCACAUUAUCGCCCAGACGUCCCGGACCGAAACGAGGCGCCGCGUCCACAACACGUCAGCCGCAUCGGCACCACAAGGGUGGCGUCCGACAACGUCGAGUCCCCCGCAGAUGCUUCGGGGCGCCGCCUACCAGCAGAGACAGCGAAAGAUGCGCACAGCCACACACAAGCCUCCCGGACGAGAAGAGAAGCGAAAUGCCACUACCGCACAAACUACAAAAGCUACAGCAGCGUGGCACCGAUGUGGCAAGAGGCUCUCCUCAUCCUCCGAAGCACGGGCCUCCUAGUCAGCGUCGCAAAACAACGUACCCACGUGAAUAG